AUGACCUGCUGUGAAGGGUGGACGUCCUGCAAUGGGUUCAGCCUGCUGUUUCUGCUGCUGUUUGGAGUCAUUCUCAAUGCAGUGCCUCUGGUUAUCAGCACGCUGGAGGGGAACAAAGCCUUGGAAAACCCCAUCUCUUGCUUUGAGUGGUGGUUCCCAGGAAUUAUAGGAGCAGGCUUGAUGGCCAUUCCAGCGACCACGAUGUCCUUGUCAGCAAGGAAGAGAGCUUGCUGCAACCACAAGACUGGGAUGCUAUUCUCAUCCCUGACGAACGUUCUCACCGUCGUCGGCGCCGUGUACUGCAUACUGGUGUCCACCCAAGCCCUCCUCGCAGGACCUCUCAUCUGUAACCCUCAGCACAACAGUACCGCCAACUGCAAGUUUUCCCUGAAAGACCUGGAUGACUUUAAUCUGAAAUCCUUCAACCUGGAGUGGUUUCUGAGCAACUCUUGUGUGCAGGAUGCUUCCAGUAACUCCAGUGUGGCCAGGGCCCAUGGCCUGCACUUUGACUCCAAAGAGAAGAUGUACCGGAUGGUCCACUUCUCUGUGUUCCUGGGCCUGCUGCUGGUGGGGAGCCUGGAGGUCCUCUUUGCUCUCAGUCAGAUGGUCAUUGGCUUCCUUGGCUGCCUGUGUGGGGUCUCUAGACAGAGAAGCCGAAUUGUCUAGUCACCGCUGAUGGGAAUAAAGUGGAAUUGCAAGUG